AUGAGUGCACGUCGACAUUCUCGUCGGCAAGCCUCGGUCGAGUAUCCCCGCCACCCCCCUCUGUCUGCUGCAAGCAACCUUCAAGCGCCGAAUCAGGUGCCUCAGAUAUCAGACUAUGAAUCCGAUACAGCUUAUGCCUAUCUCUCCGACCAACCUCCGUCUACACAGUUACCGGUCCCAUCACGUACCAUCGACGAGUUGAACCUCUCCGUCCUUCAACGCUACAAUCCUUCCAUCAAGUCUAUCCCAUGCGUUGCGCCUUACGCGGUCAUCUACACUUUUUCCCCUUUGCCAGAGCCGGCAUGGAUCAAGUCAGGAGUCGAAGGGUCACUUUUCAUAUGUCAGCUCGAACCCGGAGAGUUAGGUGAGGACAGGUUCACUGCUAUCGUGCUCAACCGAAGAGGUUUAGAGAAUUUUGAGGCACAGCUCAGAGAGGACGAGACUGGGGGUGUAGAAUUGACAGAUGAUUACAUCAUUGUCACGUCCAAUGCCUCCGGCCAGCCAACAGCAUCCGGCAUUUGGGUUUUCAGCGAAGGUCCAGGAAGCUCGACAGCAAUCACCAGAGAUCUGGUAGCCCAGUUUGUGAAAGAAAAGGCUGUAGAAGCAGGCCAGAGUCGGAAGGUGGCUGAAGAAGCUCGAAAGCAGAGGAGUACAACUUUGUAUCCACUCUACCAACAAGACAACGGCUUCGGUGCUCCGAUGGGCAGGCAGAUCUCCUUGCAGGAAAUGUUAGGACAGCAGCGGAAGGACGAUGACGAGUGGAGCAUAAAGAUGCACAGUCCAGAUGGCAGCCAGCCUCCAAGUCUACCAUUGCGUGCCUCGAGACAGGCACAACAAGGACCGCAGCCAGUAACUCAGCAACAGCAGCACCCACAAGCUCUGUCACAAAACCAUCUCCAAGAUCUUUUUAUGAAAGCAGGGUUGAGCGGUUGA